ACCCCCCGUUGAGAGUCUGCCGACCCAUCGCGGCACGUGGGAUAUCUCAGAACUACAGCAUUUCGCAUGUGGCCAGAAAACCUCGCUAUGAUCUUUUUUGUUUAUUUUGUAGUUAAAUGAACAAACCGAAGUCUGAAUAAUCAUAAACAAUGCUAUUUAGGAAGGACGUACCAUGGCGGCGGUUGGAGGGAAUGUCUUUUGGCAUGUACUCUACCGAAGAGAUAAGGAAGUUGAGUGUAAAAACAAUCACCAACCCAAGGUUGCUUGAUGGUGUUGGGAACGUGGCCCCAAAUAGCCUGUAUGACUUGGCCCUGGGGCCAGCAGACAACAAAGAAGCAUGUUCAACUUGCUGCCAGGAUUUCAACAACUGUCCAGGACACCUGGGACACAUUGAGCUCCCACUACCUGUAUACAACCCACUAUUUUUUGAUAAACUCUAUCUGUUGAUUCGUGGGUCAUGUCUGGUGUGCCAAAUGUUGACAUGUCCACGGGCAGCCAUCCACCUGCUUUUGAACCAGCUAAAGUUGUUGGAUCAUGGAGCCAUGCAGCAAGUUUACCAGAUAGAAGAGGUUCUUGGGCAGUUUUUGGAGGAGAAUGGCAAAGCCACUGGUGACGAUAUUGCAGCGGUGCUCAAAGAGUUCACAGAUUCAAUCGUUGGUACUGAAGGCACAGGAAACGGCAAAUCGGUAAAACAUCUUGUUGAAAAGAAAAGCUGUUUGAUAAAUGAAUUCUGGAGAAUACACAUGCAAGCUCGGAAAUGUCCGCACUGUGGGUGCAAACGGUCCACCAUACGACAUGAGCACAAUAGUAAGCUGAUUGUCACCAUGCCACCUCAAGCACUAACCAGUGAAAAAAUUGAGGUUGAAAACCUGGUGGUUGGAGAAAAGGCUUACCUGACUGCAAGUACUGCUAGAGAACAUACCAACAAACUGUGGGAAAAAGAAGGUUUCUUCCUCAAGCAUCUGUUCUCUGGGCUGGUAGACAUCCAAAGAUCCAAUAAAAAGCAUGAAAGUUUUUCUCCAGAUCUCUUCUUUCUGGAGCUGCUGGUGGUUCCCCCAUGCAGGUAUCGUCCAAUCAAUCGCCUGGGUGACCAGAUGUUUACAAAUGGUCAGACGGUCAAUUUACAAGCUGUCAUGAAGGACAGUACAAUUGUAAGAAAACUGCUUUCUCUUAUAGCAGCUGAGAAUGGCACAAAAGAAGAUGAGGCAAAAGAAGAGGAAGACCAGUCACUUCUCUCGGGGAUUCCUGGACUGACAUUAACAGACAAACUUUACAACAUCUGGAUUCGCCUUCAGACUCAUGUCAACAUAGUUUUUGACAGUGAUAUGGACAAAAUGAUGACCGAGAAGUACCCUGGAAUCAGACAACUCCUGGAGAAAAAGGAUGGAUUGUUCCGAAAACACAUGAUGGGCAAAAGAGUUGAUUAUGCUGCAAGAUCUGUCAUCUGUCCUGAUAUGUACAUCGAAACCAAUGAGAUAGGAAUUCCCAUGGUGUUUGCCACGAAGCUGACGUACCCACAGCCUGUCACGCCGUGGAAUGUAAAGGAGCUUCGUCAGGCAGUCCUGAAUGGGCCAAAUGUUCACCCCGGUGCUACGAUGGUUAUAAGUGAGGAUGGCAGGAGAACCAUCCUGACUGCCAACAAUUUUUCACAAAGAGAAGCAGUUGCCAAGCAGCUGCUAACGCCUUGUCCAGGUCCACACAAGAUGCCAAUGAAAAUUGUGAACCGCCAUAUUAAAAAUGGGGAUGUUUUGUUGUUGAACAGACAGCCAACCUUGCAUCGACCAUCAAUACAGGCUCACUGUGCACGCAUUUUACCUGGAGAAAAGGUCCUGAGGCUCCACUAUGCCAAUUGCAAAGCAUAUAAUGCAGACUUUGAUGGAGAUGAGAUGAAUGCUCAUUUUCCUCAAAGUGAACUUGGGCGAGCGGAGGCCUACACAUUAGUCAGCACCAACCAACAGUACCUUGUACCAAAGGAUGGAAAGCCUUUGGCUGGUCUCAUUCAGGACCACAUGGUUUCAGGAACACGAAUGACCAUUCGAGGCUGUUUCUUUACGAGAGACCAGUACACUGAACUUGUCUACAGGGGAUUGACUGACAAAAUAGGUCGAAUUAAACUGCUCCCACCUGCUAUACUCAAGCCACAGAAACUUUGGACUGGAAAGCAGGUUGUGUCUACCCUGCUCCUUAAUGUUAUUCCACAAAAGGCUGUGCCUUUAAACCUCAUUGGGAAAUCGAAAAUCCCCAGCAAAGCAUGGAUUCAAGUUCCCCCACGAGUGGUCCCAGGAUAUCGCCCUGAAUCUAUGUGUGACUCACAGGUAGUGAUCCGUCAGGGGGAGUUGUUAGUGGGUGUUCUGGACAAAGCUCACUAUGGCGCCUCAGCAUAUGGGCUUGUCCAUUGCUGCUAUGAACUCUAUGGAGGGGAGACCAGCGGCAAACUGCUCAGCUGUCUGGCCAGACUCUUCACUGCUUAUCUCCAGUUAUACAGAGGAUUCACUCUUGGUGUUGAGGACAUCCUGGUGAAACCAAAUGCUAACAAAAAGAGGAAACGUAUUAUUCAAGAAUCCCUGAAGAUUGGUACAAAAGCUCUGCAGGCUGCAUUCAACCUCACCCCCGAUGUGGGUGAGGCGGAGGCUAAGAGCCGUUGGCAGAAUGCUCAUCUCAAUCCGGACCAGCGAGAUUUCAGCAUGGCUGACCACAAAUUCAAAGAAGUGGCCAACCAAGUGAACAAUGACAUUAACAAGGUGUGUAUGCCUGUUGGUCUUCACACCUCUUUUCCUGACAACAACCUCCAACUGAUGGUCCAGUCAGGCGCCAAGGGUUCCACCGUCAACACCAUGCAGAUUUCAUGUCUACUAGGUCAAAUUGAGUUAGAGGGUCGUAGACCUCCACUGAUGCCCUCUGGGAAAUCAUUACCCUGUUAUCAGCCCUAUGACCCAGCACCCAGUGCGGGGGGUUUUGUUUCUGGAAGGUUCCUCACAGGCAUCAAACCACAGGAAUUUUUCUUCCAUUGCAUGGCUGGCAGAGAAGGACUAGUGGAUACUGCUGUAAAAACCUCCAGAUCAGGAUACCUUCAAAGGUGUGUCAUAAAACAUCUGGAAGGUCUGGUGGUACAAUAUGAUCUGACGGUGAGGGACAGUGAUGGAUCUGUAAUCCAGUUCCUGUAUGGUGAAGAUGGGCUUGAUAUUCCCAAGACACAGUUUCUGCAACCAGGGCAGUUUCCUUUCAUAGAGGAAAACUUUGAGGUAAUAAGGAAGUCACAACACUUGGAUGAGGUGUUGGCACGAUUGGACCCUCAAAGUGCCAGUCAACAUUUUUCGGCCAUACAACGCUGGAAAGCAAAGAGAGAGGUGGCUUGUCCUCGUAGAGGUGCAUUCCUGUUAUUUUCACAAAAGAAAAUGGCCAAACUGAGGCAGACUGAAGAAGGAGCAGGAAAGAUGGAAAACAUUAAUGGCAGAAAUGAGGCUGUUGUGGAGCUGAUGACACAGUGGCAGGCUCUUGAUGAUGUUGGACAAUCAAAAUACAAAAGAAAGUCCUCCCGCUGUCCUGAGCCCAGCCUGGGCUUAUUUCGGCCUGAUGUAAGCUUCGGAUCGGUUUCUGAAAGCUUUCACGACAUCACAGAGAAAUAUUUGGAAAAUCGAGACACAAAAUGUCAACAUGGUUUGGAUAAUGAAAGACUUCGACAGCUUUUGCAUUACAAGUGGCAGCGAUCACUUUGUGAUCCAGGGGAAGCCGUGGGUCUGCUGGCAGCUCAGUCCAUUGGUGAGCCUUCCACCCAAAUGACCCUUAACACCUUCCAUUUUGCUGGCAGAGGAGAGAUGAACGUCACAUUGGGAAUACCUCGAUUGAGAGAGAUCCUAAUGGUGGCCAGCUCUAACAUCAAGACCCCAAUGAUGAGUGUUCCAGUGUUGAACAGCAAGAAGGCCUUAAAAAGAGCUCAGAAACUUCGCAGGAAACUUACCAGAGUCUGCUUGGCUGAGGUACUACACAAAGUCGAUGUAGUCGAGGCACUGCGUAUCAAGAGUUAUCCUCAUGCAAAGAUGCGGACAUUUAAAAUCACUUUCACCUUUCUUCCUCCUGAAAUUUAUGCUGAAGAUCAAUUGCUCACACCCCAAAAAAUCCUGCGCUAUAUGGAAACGAGAUUUUUCAAUCUCCUUCUUAAAGCCAUUGAAAAACGUAGCGCAAAGCUCGCAUCCAUUGCUGUGGAUACCAGGAAGGCCACCAUGAGGGACAAAGACUGUGAUGGCGAGGGAGUGGCCAAUGCAACAAGGGUGGAUGAUGGGGAGGAAGAGACAGAGCUAAAAAUAGUGGAUGACCAAGGGAAUGAAGGGGAUGCUGACGCAUCAGAUUCCAAAAGAAAAAACAAGCAAGAGGAGGAAGUUGAUUAUGACAGUGAUGAGGAAGAUGAGACUAAAGAUAGAGAGGAGGAAGAGAAGGAGGUACAUGAAAAUGAGGAUAUGAUUAUGGAGGAGUCCCAAACGGAGUCAACGGGUAUAAAAUUGAUGACUGAAAAGAAAAUGUCAAAAAAAGACAGCGGAGAUAAUUUGCCAGAGGAGAUGAGGGUGAACACUGUUCUGAGUUCUAACCCCGCAAUAGAGGGCUACCGCUAUGACCUGAAGGACCAACUCUGGUGUGAAGUGGACCUAGCUUUGCCAGUAAGUAAAGUGCACUUUGACCUGUCAUCAGUUGUGUCAACACUGGCCCAGAAUGCCGUUAUAAUGGAGACCAUGGGAUUGACUCGAUGCCUUUUGAGUGAGACCACAACUAAGACUGGAGACAAAGAAAUGGUUCUCAACACAGAGGGCAUAAACAUGCACACAAUCUUUGAGCACAGCGACAUCCUGGAUGUCAACAGACUUUAUUCCAAUGAGGUUCAUGCCAUGGCGAACACAUAUGGGAUUGAAGUGGCUCUCAAAGUCAUAGAGAAAGAAAUCAAAGAUGUAUUUGCAGUAUAUGGUAUCGAGGUGGACCCCAGACAUCUUUCACUAGUAGCGGACUACAUGUGUUUUGAGGGGGUGUAUAAACCACUAAAUCGCCAUGCUAUGGUGUCCAACUCGUCCCCUCUGCAGCAGAUGACUUUUGAGACCAGCUACAAAUUUCUCAAACAGGCAACCAUGCUGGGCUCCCAAGAUCCUCUAGUGUCCCCAUCAGCAUGCCUGGUUGUGGGGAAGGUUGUAAAAGGGGGAACAGGGCUUUUUGAGCUCAAACAACCUCUGCAGUAGAGAUGUUGCCUUUUGUGAAAUUCCAAACAUUUUGAAGAGUCAUACUUUUCAUUUGACAUUGAAAGCGGUCUCGUGUCACAUGAGGAUUAAUCAAUUAUGUUCAUUACAAAAAAUGGUUAAAAACAAAAAAACAAACAAAAAAAAACAACAAUUAUCCUGGACUGUUGUUGGUACAAUACAAAUCUUUGCCUGAAUCAAUGCAGAAAGUGAGUUUGUACAGUUAAGUUUUGACCCUGAUAAGGAUAAAUGGGACAGAUGUAUUGUUUUUGUUUUUUUUUACAGUUAAAUAAAGCAUACAUAUUUUUUUCUUUGUCACUUUGUAUUAUGAUGGAUCAGAAAUGAAACAAAAGAUGGGAAACAAGGUACGGUAAUUGGGAAUUUAAUAGUUGUUGUUGUUAGUUUAUUAUUUAAAUAUUGCAUUAUGAAACCAGUACAUUCUUUUCGAAUAACUAUGCAAAAAUCUGUAAAUCUAUGUUUAAACAAAUGGUGAUGUGUAAAAUUGAAAUUUAUUAAUUGGUACUGUAGUGUAAAAUACUUGAGGAUUUUGUUGGAUUGUAACCAAAGAGCUUGUUAAUUAAAAACAUUUAAUAGAAAAAAUUAGAAAAUUAAUAUUGUAAGACUAAAACCACACUUCAGUAGUAAUAAUCAUUGCAGACUACGAGGUAGUGGUAAUUCCCAGUGUUAAAGGGCAGGUGAAGAGCUUUUCGGAUUUUGGUGUAAUUUUACGAAUAUAAACUUUAGACGAGUUUAUCGAAACAACCAUGUCAUUUCUAAAUUGUAACUGCCAGGAUAAUUUGCAUUUUUUAGGUUUUUUUAGCACUCCAUCAAUACUGCAUUCCCAAACCCGUAAGUGUGAUGUAAAUUCCCAAACGCAAGAGAAGACUAUGCAUAGCAGCAGUCACGAUAUCAGUGAUAUUUCCACUGAAAGUAACCCUUCAGGAUCAGAGGUGGGUAGAGUAGCCAAAAAUUUUACUCGAGUAGUGCAGCUUCAAAAUAGUACUACCCAAGUAGUUGUCCAAAAAAUGUACUCAAGUACAAAUAAAGUAUUUGGUGAAAAGAAUACUCAAGUAAUGAGUAACAUUGUGAGUAACUGCUUAUAUUUUGGUUGGAUUUAUUUAUUUUUUUAAGCACAAAGUUAUCUAUUUGAACUGUUAUGAUACUUUACAAUAACCCAUUACAUAACCACAGUAAGCCAAAGGAGGAAAAAAAAAAUCUUUGAAUUCCGACAAGAGAAAAAAAAAAAAUUGCAUAAAACUGAAGCGUUAUUCAUCCAAAGACUAUGACUGCCUACAUAACUACAAUUCUGAAAUUAAAAAGAUCAUAUCUCCGGUUUUCCGUGGUCAAUCGGUGCCAAAUAAAAACUGGGAGAGAGGUUAAAUUUGCACUUUCAGCUCAUGUUGAGGGCAGCGCUCUAUAUCAAAUACUUCAUUUCUUACGGACACCACGUGAUUGAAUAGGCUGGCAUGAGGAUAGAACAGCAAGCUUGCGUGGGAUUGGCAUAAUGGAGUCAUGUGACUAUUGUUGAAACAUCUCUGGUGAAAUCGGUAGAGCUACCCUGGUAAUACACCAGGCACGUCUCAACUCUUAGCAUCGCUUGCAAAAAGAAUAAUAAAUCUAAUAUGUAGAAUAAAGAGGGAAAAUGUAACGAAUCUUGUGUAGCCCAAAGUAGCGGCAUAAGAGUAGUUUUUUUCUUUAGAAAUCUACUUGAGUAAAAGUAAAAGAAUAGCAUAGUAAAACUACUCUUAGAAGUACAUUUUUCUCAAAAAGUUACUCAAGUAAAUGUAAUGGUGUACAUGUAACGCGUUACUGACCACCUCUGUCCAAGUGUAAAGAAAACAUUUUUCCAAAAACAUGAAAAUUUGGUCAUUGAUUUACAUAUUUUACACAAUGAGUUUGAAAUUUUGCCCAAAAUUAAAACUUAAGUUAUAACAUCUUUUAUCAAUUUCUGGUUCCUGAAUGCUGGAUAGGCCAAAUCAGAGCUGUGUAAAGAGAGUCGCGACACUCUUUGAUGUCACCGCAGGUGGUCACGUGGUUCCAGCAGGGUGUGGAUAGUUCCAAGCACAAGCAGCGCUGUAGGGGUUAUAAUGGAACUGACAGCGGUAAUUGUGACAUUUAUGGGAAAAUGGAAAAAAUUGCGUAUCUAAGUACUAGUUUGAUUAUUUAAUUGCAUUAUAACAUAUAUUUAAAUGCUAGUUUUACAUUUGGAAGGGUAAGGCGACAACUGAAAACUAUGUAAACUGUUACGCAGAAAGGAACUUUCCCACGUGCAGUGAAAGUUUGAUGUUUGUUUUAGCAUUUGCACGAGAAAUCGACUUUUACAUUGAAAUGCAAGAUGAUUUAGGUUUUUCUUUUGUCACAAGAAUACUGUUUUUCCAGAGAAUGUCUCGAUUUCCUUGAUUCACCUACCUGUGGUAAUAUAUCAAAGAUAACACCAUGUAUGACAUCGUUUGUUCCUAAAUUCUAAAUGGCACAUCCUAGUUUGUUUCGUCGCAUUGACAUAUAAAAACACUUGUUUCCCGAAAAGUUGGAGGUCUUUUGAAUUCUAUUUUCCACUUUUUUUUUACUGUUGUACUUUCUAAUAUAUAUGUGUGUACAUUUUCCUUUUUAUUUUAUAGACUUAGUUUGACCUGAAACACAAAGAUAUUAGGUUUAACAAAUAUAAUUUUGAAUAUAGCCUCUAAAUUUAGCAAAACCAAACCUGUACCUUUUUAGAGGCAUUUUUCAUUUAGUUUGGACUCAAGCAACACAAAUAAAAUGAUUACAAGACAGGAACAAAAUUGUAU